AUGCUUUCCUAAGUAAAUUACUAAACUAAAGAACUGGAAACAGUCUACAAAUGCCAUGAAGAGGGCAUUACUUCGAUUUGUUUAAGUUCAGGUUUCUGUAUUACGGGCAGUGAAGAUUUCUAUCUGAGAGUUUGGCCGUUAGAUUUCUCUGAAUUUUCCAUUGAAGCAAAACAUGAAGGUAUUUUAUUGUCUUUGGAUAUUUCCUUAGGUGCUUUAAAGGUUGCCUGUGGUACUUCUAAUGGAGGAUUAGGUGUAUAAGAUUUAUCUAAUAAUAACUACAAGACAUUCCUCAGAUCUCAUACUAGUCAAAUUAUAGAUAUGUAAAUUCAUUCUUAUCGUGGCUAUUUGGUAACUCUUUCAGCAGAUAUGUCUAUCAGGCUUUGGGAUAUGAAAAAAUACGAAUAAGUAUACGAGUUUUCCUAUCCUUAAGAUGAUAAAUGUUUAUGUAUUUCAUUGAAAACUCUAGAACAAGAGAGUUAAAGUGCAUAUUAAUUUAGCGCUUUUUCACCAGAUAGUGAGUAUUUGGCUUUAAUAGGGGAUAGUGGAACUCAUAUAAAUAUUAUUGACAGUUAUACUUUGGGAACUUUAUUGAAAAUUUAUUGCCAGAAUGCUAAUUUAAAAAAGCUUUUUUGGUCAAACAAUAAUUGCGAAUUAUUUGUUCUUACUGAAGAAGGUUAAAUUAAAGUUUUCGGAAUUUAAAGAAAUAGUGACGGUCCAAAUAGUCUUUAAGCUUACUUCUUAAGAGAAGUAAAUUGUAUUCAUAGAAAUUCUUCAAACAGUAUCGCUUUGAGUAAAAAUUUUAAAUACGUUUUAACUGUAGGAGGAGAUAAUUUACUAAAAAUUUGGGAUUAUGACUUCUCUUUAUAAGGCCCUGGAAUACUUUUUGUCUAAAAUGAUACCAAAAUUAUCACUGCAGGAGGAUUUGAGGGAAUUUAUGAAUGGGAAUUUUUAGGGGAUACUUCUAAAUAUGAAAAAGUUAUUGAUUUUGGUCAAUUCUAGCCUGUAGGUUAAAACGCAAUAUAAUAAUAAGGAAAUAAUGUUAUUUAGAAAAUUCCAAAAACUAUUAGUUAAUAGCCUUUAGAUUUUUUAGAUAAUGAUGAUGAUGAUUUAGGCGAUAGACUUUAGAAUAAAUAAUUUUAAGGUUUAUUAUAAGGAAUACAGCCUGUUUAAUCAUAAGAAAUAGAGUUUAAAAAAUAAAAAAAGAAAAGAGAAAAGAAGCAAUUAUAAUUUAACUAUGAAACUAAUCUAAUAAGAAAAAAUAAUUCUUUACCAUUUAAGCACUAUUAUUUACCUAAUUCCCGAUCUGAAUAAGUUCAAGAAAAAAUCCUUAAAAUCAGAGAUAAUAAAGAAGAAUUUUUAACUGAAUUUAUGAUAAGUUAUAAUAACGAUUCACAUGAAAACGUAGUUUGGAAUUAUAUGUGCGGUUGGUUUGCUUAUACCACUCAAAAUUUCAUUAUAAUAGAAAACUUAACCAAAAACAGAAAUUAAAAAAUAAUUACUUUACCUGAUUAAAUAUCCUGUCUUGCACUUUCUAGAGAUUUCAAAUAUCUACUUGCUGGUUCAGCUUCAUAUAAUUAAAAAGACCAAUCUAAUAUAUACGUAUUGGAAUGCAAAACAUAUACUAUCACAAAAACAUUGAUUUUCCAUACUCGAGGAGUACAAAAUAUGACUUUCAGUUAAAACGGAAAAUACUUGGUGACUGUAGGAAACUUUAAAGAAUGUACAGUAGCUGUGUGGGAAUUUUAGUAAGGAAAGCUACUUGCUAAUGCCUAUACUCUAGAUAGAAUUAAUGAUGUUAAAAUAUCUCAAGUAUAACGUUAAUAGGAAACAUUUUUGGAGUUUUGCACUGUAGGAAGGGAUACUAUUUAGUUCUGGGAACUUGAUAAAUAAUUUAAGUUAAGUUACUUUGAUGUUUUUGUACCAAAAUAAACCGUUACAUAAAGUAAAAACUCAAAAUAUAAAUAAGAGGAAAAUUAGUAAUUAAUUAAAGAAGCGCCUGAAGUCACUGCUUUAGAUUAUAUCUUAAUAGAUGAUGAAAAAGAAUAUGUAGUAGCCGGGCUUUCUACAGGUGAAAUAGUAAUAGUAGAAUAUGGAAAUUACAAAAUUUUAUAUAGAUGUUAAGUUUCAUUAAACAGCUCAUAAAUUAUAGACAUUAAAGUAUCGAAUUCUAUGCAUAGAUUAAUAGUAACUGCAAUGGAUGAAUAUAUUCAUUAUUGGGAUUUCGAAAAAAUAGUAGGAUAUGAUUUGCCUUUCAAUAAUAAAGACUUUUUAAUAAGUUGGGCCCGUUUAAAAAUUUCAGGAGUAGCAAUUUCUAUUAAUUUAGAUCCUACAUUUAAGGAAGGAUUUAUCGGCUUAUAUAGUGGAGGAAUCUCUUAUAUUAAUUUAGACAAUAAAUAUAGAACAUAAAUAGCAGGAACAAUAGAUAAUAAAUAUAAAUACUAAACUCAUAUUCUUAAUGAAAGGCUUAUGGUUACAACACAUGAAGAUGGAAAAAUGAAAUUUUGGAAUAUGUUUACAGCCGAAGAAGUUAUGGAGUACAAAUUUUAAAGUCCUGUAACCUCUAUACUUUUCGAAAAUAAAACUAAUAAACUAUUUUGUUUUUUCUAAAAUAAUAAUGAUAUAAAAACUAUUAAUACAUCAAAAUUCUAUUAAUCCGAAACUUUUUUAUAAGAGGAAGUACGUCCUUCAAAUAAAAAAUCGAGCGAUUAUCCAAUUAAAAGUUUUGAAACUAUUCUAGGGGGAAGAACAGGUAAAUUUAUUGUUAUGAAAAGUGGAGUAAUAUACACUAUGGACUAAUUAAUUAAAGAAAGAAGACCCCUUAUUAAAUUUUCGAAAGUUUUUAAUUUACCAAACAUAGCAGAUUUAAUUUCUUAUUAGGAAAAGUCUUUAUUCUUUGCAACUAAUAAUAAAGGAAAGGUUAUGGUCUACUAAGUCGAUUAUGUUUCUGAUAGAACUAUACCUUAUGGAUUUACGAUUAUUGAUGAAUGUGAUUUCUUAGAAAAUGCUACAGAAUUAUAUAUUAAAUAAAACUUUUCGCCUAACUAAUAAUGUUUAUAUGAAAAAGCUUAACCUACAUAAAUUGUUGUUUCUCGCCAUAACGAAAAUAAUUAUUAUGCAAUUAAUGAAACAAUUAAAUAUGUUUUUAUUAGAAAUUAUCAAAAAAGAUAAAUUACUUAAAGAAUUAAUCUAAAUGAAUUACCUUUAUCUAUUACUUUAAUUGAAUAAAAGUUGUCUUUCUAAAUAUUAAUAGGAUAAUAAAACGGAUGUAUUGAAAAAAUUAAUGUUGAAGAUAAAGAUAAUAGAGAUACCUAUACAAAUAUGUUAGAUGGAGGAAUAAUAAGCUUAUAUAAUGUUAAGUCUAAUAAUACAAAUAGUUCAUAUAGAAUUAUAGCUUCCACAUAAUAUGGAAUAACUUUUUAUUAACUUUGA